GCACACAUGGCGACGAAUGAAAUGAAUCCUACAAGAUAUCUGGUUCUAGGCCUGGCCUUCUCUUGGUUUGCAGCUCUGGUUGCCCCUUGUCAUGGCUUCGGGAUCCCGCCGGCAUUGGAAUCGUCUCAUGCCUGGUUGCAGUCAAACCUGGUUCCCGUCAGGGACCUCAACUUACUAGCAUCGCGGUCCCGCUUGUCUGCCUUGUCAGCUACUAGGAUGGGCUUAGGUCCGAGGCCCUCACGCAGAAUACUGCCAAUCUUCUCAGCCGCUCGCGGGCGGGUACGGAUCUCAGCCAUAAGCUCUGGGAAAGCAUAUGUCACUGAGGUGUGCGAUAUGCUGGGGAUUGAUGCUGCGAAUGCGACCUCGAAUGUGUAUGUUAUUGCAUUGGAGCAGCAGAAGAAGGACAUGGAGACGGAGCUGCAGCUGCAGAAGAAGGACAUGGAGACGGAGCUGCAGCUGCAGAAGAAGGACAUGGAGAAGGAUCUGCAGCUGCAGAAGAAGGACAUGGAGAAGGAGCUGCAGCUGCAGAAGAAGGACAUGGAGAAGGAUCUGCAGCAGCUUGCUAAUUACUACAAGUGUCAACUGUCAUUCCUCACCCAAAGGUAUAUCCUUGAGAAGCUGUUCAGGAAAGUGGUGCAGAUUGUUGAAUAUUCCGAAGAUGGUGCGCUUCAAUCUAUGUUGUCGAAGAAGGAUCUCAAUGCGAUGCUGAAAGGAGAUAUUUCUAUGACUGCCGUAAAUCGGCUCUUGAAGGAUGAGGAGCACGCAAGGUUUCGACGGAAAGUGUGGGAAACGAUCGGGGUACCACAGGACCUUGUGAUACCCACGUUUGAUUCAAAAACGAUGUUGUAUGGGCAGCUCUCUGAAGUGAUACACGGGUCAUCGGGAAAGUAUGUGUAUCUACCGUCGAAUGCAGGCGAAUUGGAGAUCAGAUUUUUCGGUGAGGUUUCAAAGCUUUUCGAGAAGGAUGUAGACUAUUUCGACGUCGUGUCGGUAAAUGCGGGAGAGACCCUGGAAGCUGAUUUUCCCCCAAAAAACCAAACGAAUUCGUCCGGAUAUUCAAGGUGAUAACUGGGACGGUUGGGUCUCCUUGUCCCUCGCCGUGGGGGUCUAGGCCCCUCUCCAACCAAGUCGGCCUUGCGCGCCUACCGUACGGUACCGCGGCAGUACUGCAGGAAGAAAGGCAAACAGUGGAAGGACAUGUAGGACGUGACGGCGUUUUGUGUGUUGGAAGUAAAGAGUUAGUUUUGUUGCU